CGGUAUAGACCACCCAUCUGCAUACCCAACGUAUACCGUGCCGGGCAUUUGAGACUACGUUCUACCGCUUACGUCGACUGCACCGAACGAAGGCUUGCUAUAUACCUCUCCACCAUCAUCAUCCCGUGGGCAUAAACUUACCAGCGCUUUAUACUGGAGCGUGUUCUUGAGUCGCAAUCCCAACGUGUCCCCGCAUUUACCCUCUACACAACCUUGAUCGUUCACCACCUAUAUCAUGACUUUACCUCCAGAAGCCCAAGCGUCCUAUGCGACCAUCAUUGACAGCAUCCUCAAAGGCGCUGAUCUGAAUACCAUCUCUGCCAAGCGAAUUCGGAAAGGGCUCCAGGCUCAGCUCGAAUAUGACAUAAGCGACCAGAAGGAAGCGAUCAAUGCCUUAAUAUACGCGCGGUUCGAUAAACAAAACGAGCGCAACGAAGCCACAGCCGCCCCGAGCAUCGAGGUGCCACCGCCCCCUACGAAGGCCGCUACGAAUUGCAUCAAGACUGAAAAUAAGAUUAAGAAGGAACCUACUCCUCUGCCUAAGAAGCGCUCGGAACCUCAUGACUGCGACGAACAAGACCCGACGCCAUCAACGGAGCAGUCACCUCCACCGAAGAAGAAGAUUAAGAGGAUAUCUCAGUCUCAGGAAGAAGACGAUGCAGCAUACGCGGCACGCCUGCAGGCAGAGCUAAAUCGGGUCCAAGGUCGCUCCACUAGAAGAAGGAAUGAUCGCAAGAAGCCGAAACCGGUUGCAAAAAAGGCCAAGAAAAAGAGUGCCACCAAAGUGAACAGCGACGACGACAGUGAUGUGGCUUCAGGCGAUAAAAAGCCGGUAAAACGUACAGGAGGCUUCCAUAAGCCUCUUAACCUCUCCCAACCUCUCUCUGAGCUUUUGGGCGAAACUCAGCUCUCACGUCCACAGGUUGUGAAGCAGAUAUGGGCAUAUGUCCGCGAGCGUGAACUACAAGAUCCUAGUGAUAAGCGCCAGAUACGCUGUGAUAACCGUAUGCACGCUGUCUUCAAGACCGAGCGAGUGCAAAUGUGCACUAUGAACAAGAUUCUCAGCCGACAUUUGUACGCUGUUGACGAGUGAACGCAUGAAUAUCUCCUUAUCCUGAAACACUUGCGACUGACGAGGAUGUUACUUCUUCACGAUUUACGAGUCAUCUUUCCUCUGACCCUUUCGAGAUUCAUUAUACGGCGGUCUGGACGGUGCCGCCCUGCUACUCUCAGAGCAUCCUUGAAGACCAAGGUUUCGAUGUGAUCCUUGCGUCUUCCCUCUAAACACCGUCCUGGAUCCUCCCACCGGCUUCUCUCUCGUAUCUUAGCUGGCAUUGGCGUUUGUAAUCUGGUCUAUGGGUCUGCUUUCACCCGACUGUUGAUUUAUGAAUGCUCUAUCAUCACUCCUCUAAGGACCCUCUUCGUAUUAGACAUCUAUAUAUAAGGGCAGGACACGGACUCUCUGGUUAUAGGGCAGGACACGGACUUUCUGGACAUAGGGCAGGGCUAUAGGAGCUGUAUGUAGUCUUUACCAGGCGAGUUAUGUCGAAUCGAUAUUUCACCAAACAAUACCAUACCAUACAAGCAC